CUGCAGAAUGCCAAAUGAGGAUAUUUACACCAUUUGAGUUUUCAAUCAAUGAAAGAAACAAACUAUAAAAUAAGCAGCCGCCUUUCCAAACCAGAUUUGGUUGCUUAUAGUUAUUCCCAUGGGCAUGCCCAUUGUUAUAACUAAAUCAACCAACAAUACUCAAUCAGCUAAAGAAGUUCAGGAAAGAAUCACACAGUUCUGAGUAGUUAUGGAGUAUCAGGAUAUAGGAGAAUCAGAUAUGGAAGAGGAGAAGGUGACCCAGAUGCUGAAUAUUGUAGUUGCAGUCGAUGGAAGCCAAGAAAGUAUGUGGGCUUGUGAAUGGGCAUGCAGGAAUCUCUUACCUGCUCACAAAAUUGUUGAUAAACCCUAUAAAUUCACUCUCCUUCAUGUGCGCUCCCCUCUCUGUGUAUCAUCUGGCCCUGCCUAUAUCUUGAGCACAGAGGUGAUUUGUCUUCUGGAAUUGGAUGAAAUCAGGACUACCCAAAAGAUAUUGAAGCGAGCUUUGGAUGUCUGCAAUUGUUACAAUGUGAAGGCAGAAACCCAAGUUGUAACUGGGGAGACAAAGCCCAAGAUCUGUGCUGCUGCACACCAGCUGGGGGCACAUCUUCUGGUGAUGGGUAGCCAUAGCCAUGGUUUUUUCAUAAGAGCAAUCAAGGGAAGUGUGAGUGAUUACUGCACUCGGAAUGCCAAGUGCCCUGUUGUGGUUGUUAAUAAAAAAGUGUUUGAAGGAUUGAAAUGAAGAUUGUACUUUUUGGGGUUGAGACCUUAUGUGUGGCGUGUAAGGUUGGGGGUGGGGGGAUGAAUGAUGAGGCCGCAUUGACUUUAGAUAUAAUAUGGUAAAGACAUGAGACAGGCUUCAAUUUUUGUACUUAGAUUGGGGACUUGAGUGAAUCAGAGUGAUUUUCCCAUUUAGAAUUUGGGUAUGCAUCUUUUUGAAUCGACAAGAUGAUUAGUGACACAUGUUGCAUACCUUGUGGCUUGGUUUGGAUCCAAUACCUUAGAGCAUACUCUUAUGCACAGAGAGAGAAGCAAGCAGAUUGAUUGUUUUAAGUUUUUCAUAGGAGAACAGGAUGUGAUUGAGACUAAAUAGAUCUGGUGCAGAGUCAGACAAGUGAACCAAACUUUUACUUGACAAUCAGGCCAUGCAAGUUUUAUUAUAUAUUUACAACUUCAUGGUUUAGUA